AUCAGUGUAAGCCAACAGACCGACUUAUCAACAUUCUUUUCCCGUCAUUCUUCUAUUGUAUUCCUUAUGGAGAGAGUGAAAGUUUAUGUACGUGAUGGCAAGUUGAUUGGUAUUGUCGAAAAAGGUAUUUAUGGUAGUCAUUAUAUUGCCUUCCGUGGAAUACCGUAUGCAAAACCUCCGAUUGGUGAACUCAGAUUUAAGGAUCCUGUACCGCCAGAACCAUGGUCCGGCAGCAGAGAUGCUUCAAAAUACGGAAAUGUCGCAGUUCAAAUAAAUAAAAACAAAAUUAUAGGCGACGAAGACUGUCUUUAUUUAAAUAUAUUUACCACAGAUAUUAAGUCUUUGGAAAAACGCCCUGUCAUGAUAUGGAUACAUGGUGGUGGUUUUACUAACGGUUCCGGUGGUUCAUCUAUGCAUGGUCCCGAUUACAUUGUUGAUAAAAAUAUAGUAUUGGUUACCCUAAAUUACAGAUUAGGUGUUCUAGGUUUCCUGAAUUUAUAUGAUGAAGUAGCAACAGGUAAUCAAGGUCUGAAGGAUGUGAUCAUGGCAUUAAAAUGGAUUCAGAAAAAUAUAACAGAGUUUGGUGGAGAUUCAGGAAAUGUUACUAUUUUCGGCGGAAGCGCCGGUGCAGCCAUAGUACAUUAUUUGACUUUAUCUCCAUUAAGCGAAGGUUUAUUUCAUAAAGCGAUAUCGCAAAGUGGCACUGCUAUAUGUCCGUGGGCCUUUACCGAACCGGAAUCUUGUUCAACGAAUAAAGGCUUCUUGCUUGCCAAGAAACUCGGAAAAGUGACCGAAGAUCCGAAAGUUGCUUAUGAAUUUCUCAAAACGAUCGACGCGAAAAAACUCAUAGAGAGUGAACAAUUUCUCAAAACAGAAGCAGAGCGUCUACAAAUUUUAUUGAUUUUUACACCUAGUCUAGAUCAUGAAUCAUCAAAUCCAUUCUUCCCGGAAGAUCUAACAACGCUUAUACAUCGUGGUGUUAAAGUGCCAUAUCUUCUGGGUUUUACAAGUUGCGAAGGAAUUUUUUUUUUACGCAGUAGUUACAGACAUAUAACUAAAGAGACUCUCAGCCAAGUAGAUUCUGACUUCAAAUUGGCAAUAUAUCCCAGAGUUUUAACUACACUGCCAAAGAUACCAAUCACAUUAUGUCAAUUACGAUCUUUAUAUUUUGGCGACAAAAAUAUUUCAGAGGAAACAUUGGCUAAUUAUAUUAAUUUAGUCGGCGAUACAAUGCUUCUUCGCGAUACUAUGCAAGCAGCGGAUAUUCAAAUGAAUAAUGAUAAUUCUGGAAAUACAUAUUUAUAUCAAUUUUCAUACGACAGCGAAACUUCACUCAUGAGGAAAAUUCUCAAUGUUGAUUUUCCAGGUGUAUCUCAUGGCGAAGAAAUCGGUUACUUGUUUUAUCCUGAUAUAAUAAAAGAAUUGGGUUUAUCAGUACCCGCACCUGAUUCGGAGGAUUAUAAGAUGAUAAAUCGUUUAACGCAGAUGUGGACAGAUUUUGCUAAAACAGGGAAUCCAACACCCGCGAUUACGGAUUUAACUCCAAUUAAGUGGACACCGUUAAAACAUGCUGGAAAUGUGUACGAUUAUUUAGACAUUAAUACUGAACCUCGGAUGAAAACCCUCCAUAGAGGAGAGCAGCGAUGGGAUUGGGAGAAUAUGAAAUACUCAACGUUUCUUUUCCGUUCUUUUCCUUCUAGCGUAUUCAUCAUGGACAGGGUGGAAGUUUGUAUACGUGAUGGCAAGUUGAUUGGUAUUGUCGAAAAAGGUAUUUAUGGUGGCCAUUAUAUUGCCUUCCGUGGAAUACCAUAUGCAAAACCUCCGGUUGGUGAACUCAGAUUUAAGGAUCCUGUACCGCCAGAACCAUGGUCCGGUAGCAGAGAUGCUUCAAAGUAUGGAAAUGUUGCAGUUCAAAUAAAUGAUAUCAAAAACAAAAUUAUAGGCGACGAAGACUGUCUUUAUUUAAAUGUAUUUACCACAGAUAUUAUGUCUUUGGAAAAACGCCCUGUGAUGGUAUGGAUACAUGGCGGUAAAUUUUCUAUUGGUUCCGGUGAUUCAUCUUUUCAUGGACCCGAUUAUAUUGUUGAAAAGGACGUAGUAUUGGUUACCCUAAAUUACAGAUUAGGUGUUCUAGGUUUUCUGAAUCUAUAUAAUAAAGUAGCGACAGGCAAUCAAGGUCUGAAGGAUGUGAUCUUGGCAUUACAAUGGGUGCAGAAAAAUAUAUCAGAGUUUGGUGGAGAUUCGGGAAAUGUUACCAUUUUUGGCGAAAGCGCUGGUGGAGUUAUAGUACAUUAUUUGACUUUAUUUUCAUUAAGCGAAGGUUUAUUUCAUAAAGCGAUAUCGCAAAGUGGCACUGUUACAUGUCCGUGGGCCCUUACCGAACCAGAAUCUUAUUCAACGAAUAGAGGCUUCUUGCUCGCCAAAAAACUCGGAAAAGUGACCGAAGAUCCGAAGGACGUCUACGAAUUUCUCAAAACUAUCGACGCGAAAAAACUUAUAGAGACUGAAAAGUUUCUCGUGACAAAAAAAGAGCGUCGACAAUAUUUCCUGAUUUUUACACCUACUCUGGAUCACGAAUCAUCAAAUCCAGUUUUCCCGGAAGAUUUAGCAACACUUAUACAUCGUAGUGUUAAAGUGCCAUAUCUUCUGGGUUUUACAAGUUGCGAAGGAAGUAUUUUUUUAAAUGAUUACGAACUGAUAAAUAAGGAGGCUCUCAGCGACAUAGAUUGUGACUUCAAAUUGGCAAUAUAUCCCACAGUUUUAGCUACAUUGCCAAAGAUACCAAUUACAUUAUACCAAUUACGAUCUUUAUAUUUUGGUGACAAAAAAAUUUCAGAGGAAACAUUGGCUAAUUACAUUAAUUUAAUCAGCGAUAUAUUUAUUAUGCGUGGUAUUAUGCAAACAGUAGAUAUUCAGAUAAAUAAUGAUAAUUCUGGAAAGACAUAUCUGUAUCAAUUCUCAUACGAGAGCGAAAGCUCACUCAUGAAGAAAAUUCUCAAUAUUGACUUUCCAGGUGCGUGUCAUUGCGAAGAAUUGUGUUACCUGUUUUAUCCUGAUAUAAUAAAAGAAUUGGGUUUAUCAGUACCCGCGCCUGAUUCGGAGGAUUAUAAAAUGAUAAAUCGCUUAACACAGAUGUGGACAGAUUUUGCUAAAACAGGGAAUCCAACACCCGUGAUUACGGAUUUGACUCCAAUUAAGUGGACACCGUUAAAGCGCGCCGAAGAUGUGUACGAUUAUUUAGACAUUGAUGUCGAACCUCGAAUGAAAACUUUCCGUAAAGGAGAGCAGCGCUGGGACUGGAAAAAACGCGAAAAAUAGACAGUUACAUUCUACCCGUAAUAAUUUAUA